AUGGGAAUUACCUAUUCAGCUAAUGGAAGACGUCUCCCUGCAUUGAAAGGCAGAAAAGGUUCCAAGAAAGAUCAUAACCUUCCUGACGAAUUGGUUUUCGAAGAAGCAAAUUUCGCAUGGCAGCAUGGUCGUCGCGUCUUGGACGAAACAGAUUCCCUCUUUGACCAAGGCAGCGAAGAGACGCAUCAGGUUUUUAAAUAUAUCUUGGGAGGAAACACGAGAACACCUAUAACCCCGGAAAUGCAGGGCUGCUUGCAUCUUGGCACGGGUCAUUUUAUUUGGUUGAUUGAGAUGGCCAACGAACAUCAAGGUGUCCGAUUUGAAGGGUUUGGUAUGAUUAACCCCAGUGACCUGACAGAGCUGCCUCCGAACGUGAAUUUAACUUCCGGAGAUCUCCUCAAGAAACUUCCCUAUCCAAAUGCAAGUUUCGAUUACGUAAACGUCAGAUGCCUUUUAACUUUGUUACCGAGCAAGCAGAUCCCUUUUGCGCUUUCGGAAAUAAUCCGAAUUUGCAAAACGAAUGCACGCAUUGAAUUUUUGGAAGUGGACAUAUUUAUAAAAAAUGCAGGUCCAUAUUAUGAAAAUUGUUUAGGGAAUAUCUGGCGUCAAAUUUGUAAAGAGAAGGAUUACAACCCAAUCAAUUCAGCUCAUCUGACAAAUAUUUUGUUAAAACGAGGGUUGGUUGAAGUAAAUUGUUCAAGAUUAUCCAUACCCCUUGGCGAGUAUGGAGGAAAAGUUGGUGUUAUGAAUGCAAAACAAUUCAUCAAUUCUUCCAAUGCCAUCGCAGCGAAUUUAAAGAUGACUCACGAUGAGAUGCAGGAAUAUCUUCUCGGGUGCGUGGACGAGUUUAAUCGACACCAGUCAUAUCACAAUGCCUUCCUAAUUUGUGCUAGAAAAGGUUAG